GUAGAGCAGGAUCGAUCCAAAGUGGCUCUGGCAGACUUGGACUCGCUCUUGGAGGAGUCGGAAUUGAGGGAUGCCAAGCAGGUGCGUUCGCUCCAGUUCCAGUUAGGCACCUCACAAAAGAAGCGGCGGCUAGGUGACGGCCUCUUCACGGAGGAGGCUGAAACCGAGGAAUCUUACACAGCCGACUGUGACACCUACCUCAACAAGUUGCACACCUUGCUCAUUGCCUAUUCUCUGGCGGGCUGUCAGCCUAUGCCGGGUGUCGCCGACGCCACCAAGGAGCAGACCUUGGGGGCGGACUCGACCGAGUACGUGGAGGUCCCGCUGGACACCAUGCUUCAGUACUUCUACCGAGCCAAGCGGGCUGUCUCAGGGAUGCCGGUCAACAAGCGUCUUGCCUGGCUGCAGGCGCGCGACUCGGACGAACGGUCCGAGUGGGUGACCAAGUUCCGCGAGGGCACCCGUUCGUUGGGGGCAGUCGUCAAGGAGCUUAUGGCCAGUCGGGAUGCCCAUUGGCUCCCGCAUGUUGUGUCAGACAAUCAGUCGGUGGCCGCGCCUGUUGUCACUCCGAACCCAGCAGGGGCGGCCCCCAAGCCCGCAUCAGAAUCCAAGUUCCUGCCGGGCCCGGUUAUCAAUGGCAAGCCAACCGCGAAGCAGAUGAGGGAUGGCCUGCGCCUUUGCGAAGGAUUCAACAAGGGCACCUGCUCCAACAAGAACUGCGGCAAUGGGGCGCACCGCUGCUCUGUGAUCCUGCGAGAUGACUUGGGAGCGCCUUCUCUUGGGGAUGUAGCCGAAGCUCCUGAAGACAAGCCGCCACUUAUGGUGGAUCUCUUCUGUGGUCCCAACCUUCCGUUGGGAAAGGCGUUUCUCUACUGUGGUUGGCGAUGCCUUCCGGUGGAUUGGGCGCUGGAUCCGUCCCAUGACCUCUCUAACCCGCAGAGGCAGGAUUCAAUCCGGGAGCAGCUCCAGGAUGCAGUCUUUGCAGCAGCUGCUUUGGACUGCAGCACCAAGUCUAGGGCCCGGGAGAUUCCGCGGGACCUGGGUGAUGGCAAACCUGGCCCCCGCCCGUUGCGGAGUGACCGCUACCCCGAGGGCCUUCCAGACUUGCCCAGGGCAGAUCAGCUCCGCGUCUCCAAGGACAAUUUGGCAUGCAGCUUUGUCCUGACCGAGCUCCAGGCCUUGGCAGACCGGGGUGGGGGCAGCGUUCGGGAGAACCCGUUGCGUAGUCUCCAUUAUUGGGAGUUGACCCAGGAGAAACAGAUGAUGGCCACGGGGCCUUGGCAGGACACCGUCUACUAUGCAUGCUGCUUUAUGGGGGCGAGGUGUAAGGCUCAGCGCCUGCGCCACAACAUUGAUGAGAUUGCACAGUGGCCUGCUCUCCAUUGCCACCACACCCACGCAGCCGACGAGUGGCAGCCUUACCUUCAGGAUGGUCAGCGUGUGUUCCCCUCCAAGGAGGAGGCGGAAUACACCGCCUCGCUGGCUUUUGGAAUUGCAGUCUCCGCUUCCUGGUGG